CACUCACACACAGUCAGUCAGGUAUCUCCUCUCCUCUCCGCGUCUCUCUCUCUCUCUGUCUCGUGUCGGUCGGUCGGCGGACUCUCUCAGUGUGGAAUAAGGCGAUAUUCUUCAUCAUACUCCUCUUCAUCGCGCGUGUUUGUGGCUGAAGUGACAGAAAGAAUUAAAACCUUCCUCCGGAUUCCCUUCCUGCUCUUCCUCAGCAUCUCUGAAGGCUUUUGGUGAUUUGAGCUCAACAACAGCAACCGGAAUGUGACCAAAAGUUUUCAGAAAGGGAAAUUCUGAGGAGUUUUAUUCUUUCAGUUCCUCUGGCCGGAUACAGCGCAGAUGACGAACCUUUCAUGAGUGGUGCGGUCCAAUUCAGAGUGUGUAGUGUGUUUUUGGUUCAGGUAUCCAGAUGGAACCUGCCUGAUGAGUUGGACGCAGCUGAGUGUCUUCGGAGGGAAAAUGUUCCACUGACUUUCAUACCUGAUCCUCAAACUCCUGAGUCCUCAGGAUCUUCACCAGGGCUUUCAGAGGUUGUGAGCACGUUGCAGGAACGUGUGCUGGCACACUUGUAACAUCAUGCCUGUUCCAAGCGUCCGUGUAGCGUUCCCCUCCGUUCCACAGUCUCUGCUGCUGCUUGCUGCCACCGUCCUGCUCGCCAACGCUGAGUCACCGCCAAAGUUCUUACGAACCCCUAACGAUCAAACGGGCGUUCAGGGCGGCGUAGCCUCCUUCAUCUGUCAGGCGACGGGCGACCCGCGGCCCAAGAUCGUAUGGAACAAGAAGGGGAAGAGAGUGAGCAACCAGCGCUUUGAGGUAAUAGAGUUCGAUGACGGCUCGGGCUCCGUGCUGAGAAUCCAGCCACUGCGGACGCCUCGUGAUGAAGCUAUUUAUGAAUGCGUCGCCUCCAACAGUGUUGGGGAGACGAGCGCCACCACACGACUCACUGUUUUACGUGAGGAUCAGCUGCCCCCUGGUUUCCCCACCAUAGACAUGGGUCCUCAGCUAAAGGUGGUUGAACGCACACGGACCGCCACCAUGCUAUGUGCUGCUAGCGGCAAUCCCGAUCCAGACAUCUCCUGGUUCAAAGACUUCCUCCCCGUCAACACCACCAACAACAACGGGCGAAUCAAACAGCUGCGAUCAGAGUCCUUUGGUGGUACACCAAUAAGAGGAGCGCUGCAGAUUGAACAGAGCGAGGAAUCGGACCAGGGGAAGUACGAAUGCGUUGCAACCAACAACGACGGCACGCGCUAUUCCGCACCCGCUAAUCUAUACGUCAGAGUGCGACGGGUUCCACCACGGUUCUCCAUUCCCCCAACGGAUAAUGAAAUCAUGCCCGGGGGCAGUGUGAACAUCACCUGUGUGGCGGUGGGGUCACCUAUGCCCUAUGUCAAAUGGAUGCUGGGGUCAGAGGAUUUGACCCCUGAAGAUGACAUGCCUAUCGGGCGAAACGUGCUGGAACUUACUGACGUCCGGCAGUCAGCCAACUACACUUGUGUUGCCAUGUCAACGCUGGGCGUUAUAGAGGCAGUCGCACAAAUCACGGUCAAAGCUUUACCGAAGCCGCCAGGUGUUCCCCAGGUAACAGAGCGCACGGCGACAAGCAUCACACUGACAUGGGAUUCUGGCAAUCCUGAGCCCGUUUCCUACUACAUCAUCCAGCACAAGCCCAAACACUCUGAGGAUGCUUAUAAAGAAAUUGACGGCGUUGCGACCACGCGAUACAGCGUAGGCGGACUUAGCCCUUACUCGGACUACGAGUUCAGAGUAGUCGCCAUAAACAACAUCGGACGCGGGCCUCCCAGUGAAACCAUUGAGGCCAAAACAGCAGAACAAGCACCGAGUACCGCCCCACGGCAAGUCCGAGGGCGAAUGCUAAGUGCCACGACCGCCAUCAUCCAUUGGGACGAACCUGAGGAAGCCAACGGACAGAUUACAGGCUACAGGGUUUACUACACCACCGAUCCAAGCCAACACGUCAACCAAUGGGAGAAACAGAUCGUUAGGACUUCCAACUUCCUCACCAUCCCAGGCCUGACGCCAAAUAAGACUUACUACAUCAAAGUCCUGGCCUUUACCUCAGUAGGAGACGGACCCCUCUCAUCAGAUUUACAGAUCAUCGCCAAAACCGGAGUGCCCUCUCAACCGACGGACUUUAAAGGUGAAGCCAAAUCAGAGACGAGUAUUUUGCUGUCAUGGAACCCCCCAACUCAGACGGGACAAGACAAUCAAAUCAUCGGAUACGAGCUGAUCUAUAAGAAAGGAGAUGAUAAAGAAGAGAAACGUGUUAGCUUCGAGCCCACCACAACUUAUUUACUGAAAGAUCUGAAGCCAUUCACAACCUACACCUUCCUGCUGGCCGCUCGCAGCAAACACGGUAUCGGCGCGUACACCAACGAGAUUUCUGCCGAGACACCUCAGACACAGCCCUCAGCUCCGCCCCAGGAGGUCAAGUGUACCAGUCCGAGUUCUACCAACAUUCUGGUAAGUUGGAAACCGCCACCAGUGGAGCUUCAAAACGGGAUCAUCACCAGUUACACCGUCCAAUACACUGCGACAGAAGGCGAUGAUACCUCGUUACGGCAAAUCUCGGAUAUAUCGCCGGAAAAGUUCCAGUAUCUCUUGGAAAACUUGGACAAAUGGACGGAAUACCAAGUGACUGUGCGCGCCCACACUGAAGCGGGAGAAGGCCCUGAGAGUUUUCCACAGCUAAUCCGUACGGAGGAGGAUGUGCCCAGUGGCCCUCCUCGUAAAGUCGAGGUGGAAACUGUCAACUCCACAUCUGUUAAAGUGUUGUGGCGGUCACCGGUGCCGAACAGACAGCACGGCCAGAUUCGUGGGUACCAGGUGCACUAUGUCAGGAUGCUUAAUGGGGAACCCGUCGGGCACCCUGUCAUCAAGGACAUCCUAAUUGAUGACGCACAGUGGGAAUAUGAUGACUCAACUGAGCAUGAAUUAGUCCUUGCUGACUUGCAUGCAGAAACCACAUAUUCAGUGACUGUUGCUGCUUACACGACCAAAGGUGACGGAGCGCGCAGCAAACCCAAGCUGGUCACCACCAGCGGAGCCGUCCCCGAAAAGCCUCGCCUCAUGGUGAGUCCGACAAACAUGGGCACCGCUCUGCUGCAGUGGCACCCGCCGCCCAACACUUACGGCCCGCUGCAAGGAUACCGUCUCCGAUUUGGCCGCAAAGACGUGGAGCCCCUCACUGUGAUUGAGUUCACGGAGCGUGACAGCCACUAUACCACCAAAGAAAUCCACAAGGGAGCGUCCUACACAUUUCGCCUCUCGGCCCGCAACAAGGUGGGAUUCGGAGAGGAAACGGUGAAGGAGAUCACCACACCUGAGGACACACCUUCCGGUUACCCACAAGGCAUCAUAGCCGAAAGUAGUACGACAACUACCAUUCAGGUCAGCUGGCAGCCCGUGGCGUUAGCAGAGCGUAAUGGAGCCAUCAUCAAAUACGCCCUACAAUACAAAGACAUCAACAGUCCUCGCAGUCCUUCUGAACUGUUUAUUACCGCACCUGAGUCCACAGUUACACUGGACGGCCUUAAAGCAGACACGACUUACGAUAUUAAAAUGUGUGCCUUCACCAGUAAGGGUCCUGGCCCUUACAGUCCUAGUGUCCAGUUCAGAACGCAACCCAUCCACCAAGCAGUGUUUGCAAAAAAUUUUCACGUGAAAGCUGCCAUGAAGACGUCAGUGCUGCUUACGUGGGAGAUUCCUGAGAACUACAAUCCUGCACAACCAUUUACAAUCUUGUAUGAUAACGGACAAAGCGUCGAGGUGGAUGGAAAGCUAACGCAGAAACUCAUCACCAACCUUCAACCGGAGACGCAGUACUCCUUCCUUCUAACUAACCGUGGCAACAGCGCUGGCGGUCUACAGCACCGCGUGUCCACCAUGACAGCACCUGACAUACUUCGCACCAAACCGUACCUGAUCAGCAAGACCAGUUCAGACGGCAUGGUCACGGUCGAGCUACCGACGGUGCAGACGGCAGAAAAAGUGAAGGGAUACUACAUAGUGGUGGUCCCACUGAAGAAACAACGACCAGGAAAGUUCAUCAAACUCUGGGACAAUCCUGAUGAGAUGAACUUGGAAGAGUUGUUGCGAGAAAUCAACCGAACAAGUCACGCUCUUCGGUUCCGGAGGCAGCUGGAGUUGAAGCCAUACAUCGCUGCAUAUUUCAACGAGCUGCCCACCGAGUUUACACUUGGAGACUCCAAGAUGUACGGCAACUUUGAGAACAAGCAGCUGUUGAACGGACAGGAAUACAUCUUCUUUGUGUUGGCCGUGUUGGAGAUCUCUGAAAAUAUGUUGUAUGCGGCGAGUCCUUACUCGGACUCAGUGGUGUUCGCGGACAUCGACCCGCAGCCAAUCAUCGAUGAAGAAGAGGGUCUGAUCUGGGUCGUGGGACCCGUGCUCGCUGUUAUCGUCAUCAUCUGCAUCGUCAUCGCCAUACUGCUGUACAAAAGCAGUCAACCAGACAGGAAACGGGCGGAGUCAGAUGCGAGGAAAGGCAGUCUGCCCAGCGGUAAAGAACUGCCCUCACAUCACCCCACCGAUCCUGUGGAGUUACGGCGUCUUAACUUCCAAACACCUGGUUCAGCUGCAUCGGUUUACCCCAGUAACCUUCAUUUGUCAAGGAUGGCCAGUCACCCCCCUAUUCCGGUCAUGGAGUUGGCAGAUCACAUCGAACGUCUUAAAGCAAACGACAACUUGAAGUUCUCGCAGGAGUAUGAGUCGAUUGACCCCGGUCAACAGUUCACAUGGGAGCAUUCAAACCUAGAGGUCAACAAACCAAAGAACAGAUACGCCAAUGUCAUUGCCUACGAUCACUCCAGAGUUCUGCUGUCUGCCAUCGACGGUAUUCCAGGUAGCGAUUACAUCAACGCAAACUACAUCGACGGCUACCGCAAACAGAACGCCUACAUCGCCACUCAAGGCGCGCUGCCCGAGACCUUCGGGGAGUUUUGGCGUAUGAUCUGGGAGCAGCGGAGUGCAAAUAUUGUCAUGAUGACCAAACUGGAGGAAAGAUCCCGGGUGAAGUGUGAUCAGUAUUGGCCCAACAGAGGAACAGAAACCUUCGGACUCAUUCAGGUCACACUGUUGGACACGGUGGAGCUCGCUACAUACUGCGUCAGGACGUUUGCACUUUACAAGAACGGUUCCAGUGAGAAGCGAGAGGUCCGGCAGUUCCAGUUCACAGCGUGGCCGGAUCACGGCGUUUCGGAACAUCCCACGCCGUUUCUAGCUUUUCUGCGCAGGGUGAAAUCCUGCAACCCACCCGACGCAGGACCCAUGGUGGUCCACUGCAGUGCCGGCGUGGGUCGGACAGGCUGUUUCAUCGUAAUCGACGCCAUGCUUGAGCGCAUUAAACAUGAGAAAACCGUGGAUAUCUACGGCCAUGUGACACUCAUGCGCACGCAGAGGAACUACAUGGUCCAGACGGAGGAUCAGUACGUCUUCAUUCAUGAUGCGCUGCAGGAGGCAGUGAACUGCGGAACCACCGAAGUUCCUGCCCGGAACCUGUACGCUUACAUUCAGAAACUCACACAGAUCGAGUGUGGCGAGAACGUCACAGGAAUGGAGUUGGAGUUUAAGCGGUUAGCAAACACAAAAGCUCACACAUCACGGUUCAUCAGUGCAAAUCUGCCCUGCAACAAAUUCAAAAACCGAUUAGUUAAUAUCAUGCCAUACGAGUCCACGCGAGUCUGCCUGCAGCCAAUCAGAGGAGUCGAAGGCUCCGAUUACAUCAACGGUAGCUUUAUCGACGGAUACAGGCAACAGAAAGCGUAUAUCGCUACGCAGGGUCCUUUAGCCGAAACCACAGAAGAUUUCUGGCGAAUGCUUUGGGAACACAACUCCACCAUCGUAGUGAUGCUAACCAAACUCCGAGAGAUGGGAAGAGAAAAAUGUCAUCAGUAUUGGCCCGCGGAACGUUCGGCGCGGUAUCAGUACUUUGUGGUGGAUCCAAUGGCAGAAUACAACAUGCCCCAAUACAUCCUGAGAGAAUUUAAAGUGACGGAUGCCAGGGACGGACAAUCGCGAACCGUCAGGCAGUUUCAGUUCACAGAUUGGCCGGAACAGGGAGUGCCAAAAUCAGGGGAGGGCUUCAUCGACUUCAUCGGCCAAGUGCACAAAACAAAAGAGCAAUUUGGUCAGGACGGACCCAUCUCGGUCCACUGCAGUGCUGGUGUGGGCCGGACCGGAGUCUUCAUCACCCUGAGUAUCGUUCUGGAGAGGAUGAGGUAUGAAGGUGUGGUGGACAUCUUCCAGACAGUCAAGAUGUUACGGACACAGCGGCCAGCCAUGGUUCAGACCGAAGAUCAGUACCAGUUUUGUUACCGAGCCGGGUUGGAGUAUCUCGGGAGCUUCGACCACUAUGCAACGUAAGACCGUUGGUGUGUCGUCAGGGAGAUGGAACGGCCAUCGGACAUCCAGAGGUCAUUUAAUUCUUCUGAGCCAUAAUUACCUGCUUGUGAAAAGAACUUCAACUCUUCGUCCACAACUCGAUUACUUGUUGGAUGUGCAACGUAAAACUAGAAAUACUUACAAACCACAAUAACGCAAAAGACAACUAUCCAGGUGGACCAAGAAAAAUGAACCAGAUCUGAUUGCAAAAUAAAUACAUAAAUAAUAGUAAUAAUAAUCAUUUCAGACAGGUGAAUCUAGACUGUUGAAGCAUCGUGUGGAAUAAUCGUUUGCUUCGAGGAUUCAUGAAAACGAACAUUCUGGAGUGAACGAACACAGAUGUUGUGAGACGGGGAGCUCAAUACACAUUGUAAAGAGUUUUUUUUUUGUUGUUGUUGUUGUUGUUGUUGAUGUUCCACAAUCAGAACCAGGAGAAAUUUCACUGACAACGAGAGGAGACUUCAUCAACACCACCACCAUCAUCAUCGUCAUCAUCAUCGUCGUCAUCGGUGCAGAAGACAAAAGUAACAGACACAACUAAAAGUAAUAAUUAUGACACACUGAUCAUUAAGAUAAGAGGUCUGGUUGAAAUGACGAGGAAUAACACAAAUAACACAUUUAUUGUUUUGUUUAUUGUGACCCAUGUUUCAUAUUUACCUUUUUUAUAAAAACAAUCAUCCGCAGAGAAAACUGCGCAAAUACUUUUUUUUUUUUUUUUUUUUACCAUGUUUAUUGUUUUUUUAAGUCGUAGAUGUCCUGCCUAUGUGCCCUUCUUUAUUUCGUUUUUAUUGCUAGUAAUUUGUGGCAUUUUUUUUUUAUCCAUCCUGUGUGAACACAAACAACAAAUACACACACACACACACACACACACACACGCAGAGUAUAAAGGUUAGCAGAUAUCGAAGUUCUUCCAUGAGCAGAGAAAGUUUAAAAGAGAUGAUGUCUUUAUUUAUAUAAUGUUAAAAUGUAUAUUCACAAAAUAUUAUUAAUAUGUGAGGAUAUAUAGAUAUAUAUAUAUAUAUAUAAAAAUGGAUAAUACAUGGAAAUGAUGAUGGGUUUUGUGUAGAGAGAAGUUUUCCACUGGAAUGCACAUCAGAAUGAUGGACGAAUAGAGUUUAACGCAUCUUUUCUUGUGCAAUAAAUAGAUCGUUUAUGGCCGAGGGUACGAUCGCUAUCGAUUUCUCAAACUCUGGGAGAGUUCAUGGGUCAAAGAUCAUUGUGCUCCAUCCGUUAAGGCACCGGUACAAAGACGUCACGUUCUGACAGUGCGUGUUUUCAUUCUUUUGCAUUUAGAGUGCCUUAUAUUUAUGCCUGUUCUUUUGUACAAUAUUCAUGUAAUAUUUUAAGUAGGCCAUGAACGAGUAUUUAUCGAUUGAUUUCCCUCAUGUACGAAUUUCUAUUAUAUGAAAUUAUAUAUGCAAAUACGCAAUUCCAUCGUUCAUGUUUUAUUUUCUGUGGCCUUAAUCUGGCUUAGAUAAAAAAUAACAAAUAAAAUAAAGCGACAAAUGGUAACAGCGAAACGAGCUAAAUAAAAUUGUUCAAGGCCUGAUACUGUUAAAACAUUUAUUUUAUUUUUUAUUUUUUAUCAUUGAUUGGAAUAACAUUUGAUUAUUCAAUAUGGCAUGUGUAGAAGUCAGAAAACUUGAUGGAAUUUUUCUUUUCAGCUACAGAAAUUUUCUCGUCAUUUACGCAAAAACCGAAUUUCAAUUUUCAAUGCGAGAAACUGCGGUUUCAGUUCAUAACAAAUGGUCACAAUAUACAUAUAGUUAAAAUAAUAACGACGUUCUUUGGACAUAAUUCUAAAUUUCUGGCAAAGCUCUAGAUUUUUAGCUACAAUAGUGAACAUUUUAACCGAUAUUUGAAACUUGAACCUCUUAUGUGGGCUUUGUGGAUGUGCAUUCCAGACGCUUUAUUUUACCCCUUCGAAUAGAUUGUUUUAUUGUCAGUCUCAUAUCACUUUAACAAUGUUUUUCUUUUUUAAAUGUUUACAUUCUCUCACAUGCGUCACAAUGUUGAGCAACAAGAAGCUGAUCGUGUUACAUAGCUACAUGUAACCGACAGCACCACCUAGUGUCCAGCGCUUCAAUGUCAAACUGCUCCGCAUCGGUUUUCUUUGCGUUCUGGAUCUAAUUUGAAUAUGCAUGAGUCAAACAGCAUCGGGGGCAAGUAGGAAGAAUUGCACUUUGUAUCUCUUUAUCUCUAUGCACUGCCCUACUGAUUUCGCACCCCAUUACAGAUUUUACUUGAACCUGACUGUACGAAUCUCCUUCAGACUUUGUGUGUAUGUAAAUAACACAGAAAAGAGACUGCCCAAGUAAUACAAAAGAAAAAAAAAAAGAUUACGAAAAUGUGAAAAAAAAGAAUCAUUUGAUGAAGAGUGUCUUUAGCAGGUUCUUCCCCCGUUCAGCCGCUUGAAAGGCUAAAGUGUCGCAAAUGAACGCAAAUGUAAACGUGGUGUUUUUCAGCUCCCUGUAACUCACAUCUGAAUGCAUAGACUGAAAUUAAUGAAUCCAAUUCAAUUGUAAAGAAAAAAUGGCUUGUUAAAAAAAAGAAUCAUAAAAUUACCUCUGAUUAGUUGUAAAUGUAAACUGUUUUUUCAUUUGAUUUGAUUUAAUUUCCUCUGAAUGAAUGGAGUGCUUUUUAUUUUCUUACUUAGAUGACAUUGGUGAAAAGACACGUCUGUACGAGAAGCCGUCCUUCUGUACUUUGCUGACACAAGUUCCAUUUGUUAUAAAUGAAUUCUAUUAAAAAACGUAAGUGUUA